AUGGACGUCAUGGACAUCAUGGACGUGCAGAUCGUCAUUGGCAAGCUGUGCGACUUCAUUCAGCACCGCCGUCACCACUCCUCACAUUCUGACGAGUCCGAGAUCAACCCGCAUCUAACGGCCGACAUGGUCUCACUCCUGAAGCCCGCGGCUUUGUCCAUGGCGCUAGGAGAAUGCAGAGGUUUCGACGACAUGAUACGGGAGUGGGACCUGUUCGCGGACAAGGCGCGCAAGAUCUCCGUAGCCGCGUUCUCCGCGGACGUGGCACUGAGCUGCGGUAUGAUCUGA